AUCGCUUUCCUUCCUCCACUACCACCAUCCCGCCUCGCUACUCAUCAGAAACUCCCCACAUAACCCUCUCAACAACUUCGUCAACACAAUGGCUCGUACCAAGCAAACCGCCCGCAAGUCUACUGGAGGAAAGGCUCCCCGCAAGCAGCUCGCAACUAAGGCCGCCAGGAAGACUGCUGCCGCUGCUGCCACUGGUGGUGUGAAGAAGCCCCACAGGUUCCGUCCCGGUACUGUCGCCCUGCGUGAGAUUAGGCGAUACCAGAAGUCCACCGAGCUCCUCAUCCGGAAGCUUCCCUUCCAGCGUCUUGUUCGUGAAAUCGCACAGGAUUUCAAGACGGACCUGCGCUUCCAGUCGUCCGCCGUCAUGGCUCUCCAGGAGGCUGCCGAGGCCUACCUCGUCUCGCUCUUCGAGGAUACUAACCUUGCUGCUAUCCACGCCAAGCGUGUAACGAUCCAACCUAAGGAUCUCGCUUUGGCCCGGCGUCUCCGCGGCGAAAGGUCUUGAACGAUCUGAGCACCCAUCACCACUCCCACCGCUGUUUUUAUUAUCGUCUCGUGUGUUUACUUGUCUUUUGUUUGAUUCCCGGUAUCCUAUGUAACUUUUAGCCCCGCUUAUGUCCCGUCAAAAUAUGUCUGUUCAUUGCACUUCCUUGAGGUUCUCCAUGUACAUUGAGACUGAAUCCCAUAUUCUUUUGAGC